UCUGAGCUGUUCUCGAGGCACACACGCUGUUCCAUUGAUAUUUCAGAUUUCAUCUAGAGUCUGAUCCUCCUCGUGAAUUAUAAAGGCUGAAGUGACGUCAGCGUGAACUCGACUCCUGCGAGCGCAGACGGUUUUUCACGAGGCGAGCCAAAGCAGAGAUCUUAAGCAUGUUUGAGGCGGGUUUUGCACGCAAUAAAAGCAGAUAUGCGCCGAGAACCGCGUCGCUUCACGAGCAGCAGGACUGAGGAUGAGACCGCGGAGAAAAAUAAACAGCAGCUCACUUUUGUUUGCGUCUCUAAGCGGAGCAACACAGUAACGGACAGAGCCGAACGCUUUAUGACAUCUGACUGCAGUAAAAUGUCCUGCAGCAGCACGGACCUCUCAUCCGUCCCGGGUCAGGAGCUUCUGCUCACAGUGCACCUGCUGACCGACCCCGGUGCGUCUCUGCUCCUCCAGCACACUCUGGACCGCCUGCUCAAGCGGGUCCGUCCUGGCCUGCGCCUCUUCCACGUGUCUGAGCGGGCCUGUCCCGUUCAUGGCCAGCGCCCCGCGGCCGGACACCCCUCACACGCCGUCACCAUAUUCUUACACGAGUCCUACGGAGAAGAGCGUAUUCUCAGAGUGCUGGACUUCCUGCAGUGUCCGCCGUGGCAGUAUCACCAUACGGAGAGCUGCGGUGCUGGAGAGCCCGGCGUUCACGCUAGUGACCCGUCCAGCGCCCUACUGAGGCCUUAUCUCCUGCCCAGCCGGGACUUCUACAGCCUGGGCGCGGGGAUGCCGGUGUGGGGCGUCCGGCCAGUGCACUACGGAGGGGAGGUGGUGCGGGUGACUUUACACAGCACCUAUGAUAACUUCGAGGACACCGUGCGUUUAUAUGAGACGGUGCUGCAGAGGAGGGUUGAGGAGCAGAAGACGGGCUUCUGCUGGUUCACGCUGCUCACAGAAGCCGGGUUCAGUCUGCAGCUGGCCAUCAAGCAGCUCGCGCCCGGGGUGCGGCUGGAGCCGUGUUACUCCACCGUGCUGCAGUUCAGGGUGGGGGAGAUCGGACAGCUCGUGCCCUUACUGCCCAACACCUGCUCGCCCAUCAGCGCCAGCCGCUGGCACACCGAAGACCUGGACGGCAACAAGAUCCUCUUCCAAGUUAAAGCUCCAGCACAAGCGCAAGGCUUCCUGAGGUCUGCGUUUCCUCUGAGCUGUCCCAGGAUGCUGCUGAGGAGCUGUGGGGCUGCCAGACCUCCUUCCAGCACUCCCUGCAGGAGGACGUCCCAUCUGAAGGAGCAGGCUGAGGACCGCUGCCCCCGCGGCGUGAGGUCAGGCAGAGAGAGCGCCGGGUCAGACAGCACCCGCAGCUCUCCUCAGGGAUCCUCCUGUUACUCGUCCCAGCGCAGCAGCCCCGCAGGCCUGUCAGUCAACUGGUACGAGCCGGCGUUAACCUCCGAAACAUCCCUAUCACACCUCCGGCUGGAAGAGGAGGAGCCAGAGACCGAUGUGGACACGGGUUGUGCUGUGAAGCCGCAGGCCGCUUUUGGAGCGUCUGCUCUGCUGAAACACGGCAUGGAUGAGGCUGACGAGAGCCUGAAGAGUGUCCUAGCAGACACACAAGACGAGUUCUUCAUCUGACUCUUCAUUCUUAGUCAGAUGGAAAAACAUGAAUGCAUUUGGCAAAGCCGCUUACAGUGCAUUCACCUCGCAUCACGUCAAGCGUUCCCUGGGAAUCACACAGCAGUGCUGUCGCUUUCAUACAUGAUCGUCCGCUCACAUCAUUAAUUACGCAGUCUUUUAAUAUAAUUCACAAAGUGCAUUUUAGGGGUUCAAAAUAAAAUGAAAGUCCUCUACUUUGCAUUUUAAUACAGCUUAAUUAAGGAUUUUGUAGCUAAUUACAAUUGGUCCCCUUCAGUUUUAAAGGAUUAUUUUAUCCAAAAAUGAAAAUUUGCUUAACAUAUACUCUCUCUCUCAGGCCAUCCGAGAUGUGGAUGUGUUUGUUUCUUCAUCAGAUUUGGAGAAACAUAGCAUUGCAUCAGUGUCUCACCAAUGGAUGCUCUGCAGUGAAUGGGUGCCGUCAGAAUGAGAUACAAAUGAGUGUUUUGUGAAAAGUCUCUGAGUGACAUUGGUAUUGUCUGAUGAUGACAGUUUAAUCACAACACACUGAGAAGUGAAUAUUCUGUUCAAACAGGCAGGCUGUGUCAAAGUAUUUCUCCUGCACACCUGCAGAAAUAGUAGAAGUGAUGCUAGAACUGUAUUCUGAACACACAUCUUCUUACAGUGUAGCAUGAGCCAAAUGAUUCAUAUGUUGUACAGUACAUUGUAAACAGGUAAAUGAGUGUAGUGAUGAAACUAAUAUAAAAUAAUGUCAUUCCAGACACAACCAGUGGGCAACUGAUGUUGAAAAGACAUCAUAAUUCAUCAAAAACAGGUCAAAUAUGCAAAUCAGACGCUGAUUUGAUGUAAAUUGAACAUCAAACAUAUUUCAGUAUGGGAUUAACGUCCUGUUUUCACCCAAAUACCACUGGAAUAAAUUGCCUUUAAAACUGAAUUUAAAGUGAAGUUACAGCAUCUUGAUCAAAUCUUGACUAAUAUUUGAUGUCAAAUUGAUUUCAAGGCGCCCGCUGAGAAAGCACUGUAUUUGUCUCAGAACUGUUUAUUGUAUUUCCACUAAAUUAUUAGUACUAAAAAUUUCAACUCAGCAUCAUUUGCAAGACUGUCUUAGUAUUUUUACAAGUUGACAAUGUAUUUUUAUGAAAUGUAUUAAAUACAUAUUACUUUGUAUAUUUGUAAAAUAAUGCCAUAUAGGUUGGUAAUAAACUAAUUUAAUAAUUAUGUAGUAAUAUGAAGAAGGAUGUUUGAAAUAAAUCCUUCCUCUGUCAGUUUGGAGGAUUAGCCUUCAUUCAUUUCGUGGCCUUCAUUUAGUUUAUUUUGAAUGAUUCAGAAAAUGUAUCAUUCACGUUCUUUCAUUACCCACAAUUCUUUGCACACAUUCCAAUAAAUAGAAAAAAACUGAAUGUUAGCACUUAGCCAGAGUUCACUGAAAUGUAGUUUUGGAGAUGAAAACAUUCAUGUU